AUGACCAUUCAGACCAUCGCACUCGCCGGGGCCAACAGUUUUAUCGGCAAGGAGUUCGCCAAAGAGUUUAUUGCGCAAGGGCACAAACUGCGUAUCCUUGUCCGUGCCGAGUCUAUCGAGUCCGCGCUGCUGCAAGAGUUGAAGUCUAAAGGCGCAUCCUUGCAUGUUGUCUCCUACAACAAGGAACCAAGCCUUGUCGACGCCCUCCGUGGUGCUGAUGUUCUUGUUUCGGCUGUUGGAUUGUUGGCGGUGAUUGCCGCGCAGCUACCGCUCAUCAAGGCAGCCAAGGUAGCAGGCGUGAAGCUGCUCAACCAUCCCUCGUCCAUGAUCCAGUCGGAGAAAAAGGUGAUCAAAGCUGCUCAGGACGCUGGCUUGCCGUAUACAGCAUUGCACAACGGAGGGUUCCCCGAGUACUGCUUGUCUCCGCCGUUUGGAUGGAACUUUCCCAAGAAGAAGGUCACGGUCUGGGGAGAUGGUAAUGCCAGGAGUACCUGGACCACCGCGCAUUCUGUUGCAGAUUGGCUGGCCAACGUACUCAGGACUGUUCCUCUGUCUGAGCUUGAGAACAAGUACCUACUGAUCCAAGGCAAUGUCGCGACUACAAACGAGAUAAUCAAGAUGUGGGAACAGAAACACAAUACAAAGCUCGAGGUUGAGUAUCGGCCCGCAAAGGAGUUGGACGACCGGGUGGACGCGAACGCCGAGGACAUUUUUGCAGUUUUGCUGCAGGACUGGGCCUCUGGUCGGCCAUUCUCCAAUCGGCAAGCACCAAACUCUGAUCAAGUCUUCGUCCGACAUCUAUUGGCCAAGGCCUGGCUCGGCUUUCCAGCCGUUCUCCUGCCAAAACAUAUUGAUAUCGAGACGCGUGCUCUUGCUUUGAGCCUGACAGCACAGAGAAAAGGAACAUGGCUGUUUGCGACGGGAGGCGAUUCACCCAGACUCGCUUGCACCCAGGGUCAUAGCAAGCCCUGGCCGAUCGUUCCGCGCACCUGCCCAUAUGACCAAGAGCACCAGAGCAAAGUCUGGAUAGAACACGCCACGACCUUCCGGGCUAGGCACCCUCCAUCGGCCCCCGAACAGUGGAUAUUACUUCACCCGGGCAGUUCGAGCAAGUUCGAUAUCAUCCACCUCACGGUCAAAUCACCCAUGGUUGCCCUCGCUCAGAAUCUCACAACCACACGAUCCUCUUCUGCCGUCUACUUUCAAGCAAUGCAAGCGGUUGUUGCAUGA